CCGAAAGGUUCUCAGCAAGUUGAAGGGCCUGGAGGAGGCCCGCGGACAAAUGGCCGGAGCUGGACCAACUAUGCUGCUACGAGAGGAGAAUGGCUGUUGCAGCCGGCGUCAAAGCAGCUCCAGCGCCGGGGUUAGCGCGGGCUCGGGUUCUGGGAUUGAGGGGCCGUCGGGGAGUAAAGUGGGAGGACGGAGGGAGAACUGCAGCUCCCGGCAGCCUCUGGGCUUCCUGCGAGCGCCCCGCGGGCUGUUGGGAGCUGUGGUUCCUCGGGCGGGCAGCAGCCGGGGCGGUGCGGUCUGAGCACAUGUCCCGCCCCGCGCAGGACUCAGACGGGGAGCGCGAAGACUCGCCGUCUGCGCGCGCUAGGCAGCAGCUGGAGGCGCUGCUCAACAAGACUAUGCGGAUUCGCAUGACAGAUGGACGGACACUGGUCGGUUGCUUCCUCUGCACCGAUCGCGACUGCAAUGUUAUCCUAGGCUCGGCGCAGGAGUUCCUCAAGCCGUCGGAUUCCUUCUCUGCCGGGGAACCCCGUGUGCUGGGCCUAGCUAUGGUACCUGGACACCACAUCGUUUCUAUUGAGGUGCAAAGAGAGAGCCUGGCGGGGCCUCCCUAUCUCUGAGCCCGACCGCGCAUGCCUUUCAAACUUCAUUAAACCUGUCACUGACGUG